AUGCCAGUCAAAUACUUAAAAACGCUGGACAAGGGCGUACAUAAUAGAAACACUAAAGUUCUGAAGCGAUACGAGGCUAGCUGUAGGGGUUUCGAAAAGGAUUAUCAAACAGCCAUGCGAGGCCAUAGAGCAAUUCUUGCCGACGAUCUUCAGUUCGCAUAUUAUCUUCUCAAACAAAUGGAAAAAUAUGAAGAUGAGAAGCUUACCAAAAGAAACGUAGUGGUCCGAUGUACAUACAAAGUACCUUCCCUAAAACUUGACACGAAGCGCCCAAAUUCAAAUUUGGAAUCAAUCUGUCCACAGACAGACAGGCCUUCUGGGUGUGUUGGACAGCGAAAGGACAUUCCUUUCGUGCGUCCACUAACGGCCCCAGCGGGUAGAUCUUUGACAACCACAGAUAAGAAGAAUGUCAUUCGUAAGCACAACCGAUUUAGAAAUAAGAACAGUAAGAAAAAGGACGGGAAACCUAUUCGAUCCCGAUCAGCUCCAGUGACCGCCCAUCAGGAGGACAGCAAUGAGGAGGGUGAGCAGGUACCUCCCACACCCAUAGCAAGAUUCACACGUACGUACGAGUAUAACCGAAAAGUACUACUCUGUCGCAGUCGACAGGAGGAACGUCGCAUGGAGAGGAUAAGGGAGGCAGAGGAGGAAUACGAAAACCAAAGCAACUACAGUGACGACAAGGAGGAGGAAGAUGACAAUUACUUUGAUGUAGAAGAAGCAAGCCACGAGACAAGGAAACACGAUUACUGGAUGUGGAAAAUUGAUGUUCUCUUUGAAAAAUGGCGACGGAACGACAGGCAAUUAGAGGACGAUGACAUCUACAGUUUGUACGAAGAGGAUUUAGAUGAGGAAAUAUUCGAUGAUAAUCAAGUGCAAUCCUAUACAAAACCAGGAAUGAGACAGGUGAACACUUUAGGGCGUACCAAACUAGUAAAAUUUACCAGGAACAAAGUCCUGAAGUACCGCUGGGCCUUUGCUGGAGAAGGUUUCAACAAAAGUGCCGAGGACAACCGCAAGAUUAGACGCAAAUUUAUCACUGCCGAGCUUAGUCACCGGGAAAGACAGAAGAUACGGGAAGAGGCAGAGACAAAAUGUCGGAGGGUGAAAAAAAUGGUUCAAGAAAGUGACUACCUUCGCAACGAGGUCUACUUAAUGGCGCCAUUUUACAAAACGAAACAAGCACUCAUCGCCAAGGUAGCUGCAAAACAGCCAGCUUUGUUUCAGUGA